AUGGCUGUCCCCUCGGAUAACGAUGCUUCGUCAAUACGUCCCCUGUCCGCAAAUCACAUAGCUGAACCGAAUAUUGUAGAAACAGAGAAAUACUCGGCUGCUCAGGAUUCUGUGUUUCCAUCUUCUCCUGCACCCGAUGGAGGCAUCGUUGCCUGGGUACAAGUAGCUGGCGCUUUCUUCCUUUUCUUCAACUCCUGGGGCAUAAUCAAUACAUUUGGCGUUUAUCAGAGCUACUAUGAAACCAGACUGCUGAAAGGUUACUCUCCAUCCUCUAUAGCCUGGAUCGGAACAGUUCAAAGUUUCCUCUUACUUUCACUGGGACUUGUCGUUGGUCCGAUUUUUGAUAGAGGAUACAUAAAGACCUUGCUUAUAGGAGGGACGUUUCUGGUCGUGUUUGGACUGAUGAUGACCUCAUUAUCCAGGGAGUACUACCAAUUCUUUCUGGCUCAUGGCGUCGCCGUGGGCAUCGGUUCUGGCCUUCUCUUCAUCCCUAGCCUUGCCAUACCCGUCACAUACUUUACCUCCCGACGAGCCUUUGCCGUUGGAACUGUUGCAUCAGGGGGCAGUGUCGGCGCUGUAAUUUAUCCCAUCGUGUUUCACAAACUUAUCGACCGCGUCGGAUUCGGCUGGACAACCCGCAUAAUUGCCUUUAUUGCUUUAGCCGGCCUCCUCUUCUCCAUAGCGGUGAUGAAAUCUCGCCUUCCUCCUCUUGAAAAAACUCGGCGGCUCCUUGAUCUCACGGCCUUCCGUGACGUUCCUUUCGUUAUCUACUGCCUCGCGCUUUUCUUCGACCUUGUGGGCCUCUACUUCCCCUACUUCUAUCUCCCGACCUAUUUCACCAUUUAUCUCCACGCAGGCGAUAACAUAUCCUUCUACAUCCUAUCCAUUCUCAGCGCCUCUUCUUUCUUCGGUCGGAUUGCACCCAACAUGCUCGCUGAUCGUCUGGGACCGCUGAAUGUCAUGAUUAUCGUGAGUCUUAUGGUCACUAUCCUCGCAUUCGCAUGGAUGGGCAUACACAGUAACGCUGGCGCCAUCUUCUUUGCUGUUUUCUAUGGCUUCCCAUCCGGAACGAUUGUCGCCCUGAUGUCUCCGGUCCUGGCGGGAUUAUGUCCGGACAUGGCGAUCGUGGGGACGUGGUUAGGCAUGGCUUCUGUGUUUUCGGGGCUUGGCAUUCUCAUUGGCAAUCCUAUUGCGGGAGCGUUGUUGGAUCUGGAGCAUGCUGUUUUCUGGAAGGGGCAGCUGUUUGCGGCUGUUACGGUAGGAGCUGGGAUGGUAUUGUUUGUGGCGUUGAGGUUGUGGCAGUGGAAGGACGGAAAAGGGUGGAAGCUCUGA